CUCUGGGGAGGGGGAGGGUCCUCUGCCUUCAGACCCGCGGUGGGAGCCCGGAGGAGCCCCGCAUUCGGGGGUGAGGGGGUGCGGCCUGCCCUGCCCGGCCAUGCGUUGGGGGCUGUACCCGCGCGGGCCGGGGGCUGCGGCUCUGGCCGCGGCCGGGAGGUUGUGGGGCCCGCCUCGCUUCCCGUGUCGCCUGGGGUGGCUGGGGACGACGCGGAGGCUUCUGGUGCGCCCGGUCACCGGCGCCAAUAACCAGCUGACCAGCCCGAACAGCAGCAAAUACCGGGACACGGUGCUGCUGCCGCAGACCGGCUUCCCCAUGAAGCUGCUGGGCCGCCAGCAGCCGGACACGGAGCUGGAGAUCCAGCAGAAAUGUGGGUUUUCAGAACUUUACUCAUGGCAAAGAGAAAGAAAAGUUAAGAAAGAAUUUUGUCUACAUGAUGGACCUCCUUAUGCAAAUGGUGACCCUCAUGUUGGACAUGCUUUAAAUAAGAUUUUGAAAGACAUAGCCAAUCGAUUUCACAUGAUGAGAGGCUCUAAAAUCCAUUUUGUGCCUGGUUGGGAUUGCCAUGGUUUGCCCAUUGAACUAAAAAUACUAUCAGAACUUGGUGGAAAAGCUCAAAAUCUUUCAGCUAUGGAAAUUAGAGAAAAAGCUAGAUCAUUUGCUAAAGCGGCCAUUGCAAAGCAGAAAGCAGCGUUUACCCGCUGGGGAAUAAUGGCGGAUUGGAAUAAUUGCUACCACACUUUUGAUAGAGAGUAUGAGGCCAAACAGUUGAGAGUUUUUUACCAGAUGUAUGACAAGGGCUUGGUUUAUCGAUCUUACAAGCCUGUGUUUUGGUCUCCUUCAUCAAGGACUGCUUUGGCUGAAGCAGAACUUGAAUAUAAUCCUGAGCAUGUCAGUCGUUCAAUAUAUGUAAAAUUCCCUCUCUUAGAACCUUCUCCUAAAUUAGCACCACUUACAGAUGGUUCAUCUCCUAUUAGUGUUUUAAUCUGGACCACCCAGCCAUGGACAAUUCCAGCAAAUCAGGCCGUGUGCUAUAUGCCAGAAGCAAAGUAUGCUCUUGUGAAAUGUUCUACUUCCGGAGACCUCUACAUAGUGGCUGCAGAUAAAGUAGCAGCUAUUUCUUCUACUUUGGACACAACAUUUGAGGUUAUUUCAACAUUUGAAGGUGUAGAUUUAGAGAAUGGUACUUGUAGUCAUCCUUUAAAUCCCGAAAAAGUCUCUCCUCUAUUGCCUGCAAAUCAUGUGACCAUGGCAAAAGGCACAGGAUUGGUUCACACAGCCCCAGCACAUGGUAUGGAAGAUUACAGUGUAGCAUCUCAGCACAACCUGCCCAUGGAUUGUUUAGUGGAUGAAGACGGAAUUUUCACAGAUGAUGCUCAUCCUGAGCUUCAAAAGAAAGCUGUACUUGAGGAGGGAACUGAUGUGGUUAUAAAGAUGCUUCAAAGUGCAAAGAAUUUGGUAAAAGAAGAAAAUCUGACACACAGCUACCCCUAUGACUGGAGGACUAAAAAACCAGUGGUCAUUCGUGCUAGCAAGCAGUGGUUUAUCAACAUUGCAGAUGUUAAGACUACAGCGAAGGAAUUGUUAAAAUCAGUGAAGUUCAUCCCUGGAGCAGCACUCAAUGCCAUGGUGGACAUGAUGGACAGGCGGCCAUAUUGGUGUAUAUCAAGACAAAGAGUUUGGGGUGUUCCAAUUCCUGUAUUUCAUCACAAGACAAAAGAUGAAUACUUGAUCAACAGCCAAACCAUUGAGCAUCUUGCUAACCUAGUGGAGCAACAUGGCAGUGAUAUCUGGUGGACUCUUCCUCCUGAGCAACUUCUUCCAAAAGAAGUCUUAUCUCAGGCUGGCGGUCCCGAGGCCUUGGAGUAUGUGCCAGGACAGGACAUCUUGGACAUAUGGUUUGAAAGUGGAACCUCAUGGUCUUACGUUCUUCCAGGUACUGACCAAAGAGCAGAUUUGUACUUGGAAGGAAAAGACCAACUUGGGGGCUGGUUUCAGUCUUCUUUACUAACAAGUGUGGCAACAAGGAAGAAAGCACCUUUUAAGACAGUGGUUGUGCAUGGGUUUACCCUCGGAGAAAAGGGAGAGAAGAUGUCCAAGUCCCUGGGGAAUAUCAUUGACCCUGAUGUCAUCAUCAAUGGAGGACAGGAUCAGAGCACCGAGCCGCCCUAUGGUGCUGAUGUCCUUCGCUGGUGGGUCGCUGAGUCCAAUGUCUUCAGCGAAGUCACAAUUGGCUCAUCCGCGCUCAAGGCUGCCAGAGAUGACCUUAACAAGCUUAGAAACACACUCCGCUUUCUUCUGGGAAAUGUGACUGGUUUCAACCCAGAGACAGACUCCAUUCCUGUAGAUGAAAUGUAUGUCAUAGACCAAUACAUGCUACACCUGCUUCAGGACCUGGCCACCAAGAUUACUGACUCCUACAAACAGUAUGAUUUCGGAAAGGUGAUUCGGCUGUUGAAAGCAUUUUACACAAGAGAGCUCUCCAACUUUUACUUCAGCAUCAUCAAGGACAGGCUUUACUGCGAGAGUGAGAACGACCCCCGGCGGCGCUCCUGUCAGACGGCACUGGCCGAAAUUUUGGAUGUGCUGGUUCGGUCUUUCGCUCCCAUCCUCCCUCACCUGGCUGAAGAGGUGUUCCAGCACAUUCCCUACCUGAAAGACCAGAGUGUCUUCCGCACGGGGUGGAUCAGCACCAGCUCUAUCUGGAAGAAGCCUGGGCUGGAGGAGGCGGUGGAGAGCACGUGCGCCAUGCGCGAUUCCUUCCUCGGAAGCAUUCCUGGCAAAAACGCCGCCGAGUACGAGGUCAUCAUUGUCAUAGAGCCCGGGCUGCUCUUUGAGAUCAUGGAGAUGCUACAAGCUGAAGAAACCUCCAGCACCUCUCAGUUGAAUGAGCUAAUGAUGGCUUCACAGUCAACCUUACUGGCCCAGGACCCUCGGGAGAGGACUGCGGAUGGAAUUGAGCUUACCGGGACAUUCCUCAUCAAUUUAGAAGGUGGUGAUAUUCGUGAAGAGUCUUCAUAUAAAGUAAUUGUUGUGCCAACUUCGAAAGAAAAAUGUCCCCGCUGCUGGAAGUACACUGCGGAGUCUGCAGACACACUGUGUCCCCGAUGUGCAGAGGUGGUUGGUGGAAAGUAAGACUGGUGCUAGCAGCUUUCUGGGAACACUCCCAAGAGUACUGAUGGGAUGCAUUAGGUCAGAAAGAAAUACAAGGUUUAGAUAAGGAGUGGAAAAGUAAUUACUAAAGGAUGAGGUCAAAAUGAAAACUAUAAAAGAAGUAUUUCCUACUUCUUGAGAAAUAAUGAUGUAUAUAUAUACAUGUGGAUAUACAUAUGUAUCUGUAUACAUAUAUGUAUCUGUAUCAGACUUAUUCAGAACAUGGACACUGAAUAUACUGCUUCCAAUAUGGCUCCACAGAAUACGUUUUAUAUUUUCUAAAGACCUUUUUUGACUCAGUGUUUUAAGUUCUUGAUGUCUGAAAAUAAAGGCACUCUGGAAAACUA